CCUCUUUAAGAUUGAGAGAUAACUCCUUACCCCUGAGGAUUAGGCACGCGUUCCAGCCGAUCAGGUGAAAUGGCCGCCAACCCUCAAGGUGUUGCCUCAGCUCUGAGCACUGCUCGCACGCUCGCUAAUGUUGUAAUAUUUGGCGGAGCGACUGUAUGGGCGGGCACCAACAGUCUUUUCAACGUGGAGGGUGGUCACCGGGCGGUAGUCUUCAACCGUCUGAUGGGUAUUAAGGACACCGUAUAUCAAGAAGGGACGCAUAUCAUGGUCCCAUGGUUUGAGCGGCCAAUUAUCUAUGAUGUGCGCGCUCGGCCAAGCGUCAUCCAGAGCCAGUCGGGAAGCAAGGACCUGCAGAUGGUGAACGUCGGUCUCCGUGUCCUCACCCGACCCAACCCCGACAAGCUCCCGGAGAUUUAUCGCACGCUCGGCACGGACUACGCGGAGCGAGUUCUACCAUCAAUCAUCCAGGAGACGCUCAAGAGCGUCAUUGCACAAUACAAUGCUAGCCAGCUGCUAACCCAGCGUGAGGUGGUCUCUCGCGACAUCCGCCGCAUUCUGACGGAGCGUGCCCGCUACUUCAACAUCAUUUUGGAGGAUGUGUCCAUUACCAACCUGACCUUCUCUAAAGAGUACACGGCGGCGGUGGAGGCCAAGCAGGUGGCGCAGCAGGAGGCGGAGAGGGCCAAGUUUAUUGUGGAGAAGGCGCUGCAGGAGAAGCAGAGCGCCAUAGUGCGGGCGCAGGGUGAGGCCCAAUCCGCCAAGCUCAUUGGUGAGGCGGUCAAGCAGAACCCGGCCUUCCUCACGUUGCGUAAGAUUGAGGCUGCUCGUGAGAUUGCCAGCACGAUAUCCCAGUCGGCCAACAAGGUCUACCUGGGCGCAGACUCGCUGCUGCUCAGCGUGAACCAGGCAGGCAAGGAAACCCCGACGAGCGCAUCGGAGCUGCCGCCCCUGGAGCCAACCAAGUCGUCCAAAUCGUCAUCUUGGUGGUGGCCCUGGUCUAGCAGCAGCAAGAGCGCGUGAGGGGGAGGGAAGCUGGUCCGGCACGGAGCCAGCGAUGGCAUCGGCGACAACGCUUCUGUUUUCACUCCUGGCGUGAGGCUGCAGCGCCCGUGCAACGGGCGUGUGGCGGCGGCGGCGCUGUCUAUCGGACAGGAAACUGGGGUAAAUAUAGGUCGUUGGUAGUUAUCAGGUAGAGUGGUUGAAGCGGAAAUGGCCGGGUUUACGCCGUGAGGCGGGGCGCUGCAGCAGAUGCGAGAGCCUGGACGGGUAUGGCCGUACUUUAGGGGAAGACCGCUUAGCAGGGGUGGGCGGCGGUAAGAGGAUGAGCGCGUACUGCGGCCAUGCGCUGGGAUCGCUGUAGGGAGGUGAGGGGAACAGGGCUGCCGUCGGCUACGUCGGACUAGGGAGUGGAGUGGUUUGGUGCAUUCAGAUCCAUCUGGACGUUGUUAAAGGGCUCCUGGUGGAAGACUCUCUAUCGUUGGAUGUGACACUUGGUUGAGGUGGGGGGAGCGCCAUGCAAAGCCGCGCCGCAUGUUUAUUGGCAUAAAUGCAGAAGUUAGGUGGUCCAGAGGCGCUCCAGUCAGCGCAGCGGUCUAGCUGAAGCGGGGGCUACCGGAAACAGGAUUGCACGCCAUGCAGUUGCGCGUGGUUACGUUGUUCUGUUUUUGGAUUAUGGCUGGACGCAUGAGUCUCGUGGGGCCUCCGGAGUCCGUUCCCUGACUCCCCUCAACAUUUUGCUCGAUCGAGCAUGUUAAGGUCUCGGGUGGUUGUUAGCGAUCGCUGCGGGGGAGCCUAUUGAACAGGAAUCAAUUGGUUCAUACAUUGGUUCAUACCCCCAAGCGGGGCUCCUCGCCGGAAGGAAAAGUAAGGGAGUGCCUUGUAAUGAGCCCCAUGGCGCCUGUGCCCUG